AUAAAGAGAGCUUGCAGAGGACCAGUGAUGGCGAAGAGCUGAAAAUCAGUUAGUAAGUCAAUUUCAAUGAAAAGUUGAAUGAUGUGUAUCCGUAGAUAUACGAUUCAGAUCAAGAGUUUCAGAGGAACAACCAACAUUUUCAGUGUUGGAAAGUAAAAGAUAAACGCAGCUGAGCUGAGCAGAGACUGUGUUUUCAGUGAAAAUGUCGGAGGUAAGAGGAUCGAACUCAUGGCGGGACGAGCUAGCGAGUCUGGUGAGUGACUCGGGGAUACGAUACGCUGCGGCCGAUCCUAUCGAAGUUCCGACGGCUUCGUUUGACGCACAAGCAUCCGAUUUCGGCUCCGGCGAAUUGGAGCAAUCGGAGAGCUUCAGGGAUCAGAUUAAGGGCUUCGCGAUCGCUUGGGGUGAGAUACUUAUGGAUUUGGGGAGAGGCUGUAAGGACAUUGUGGAGCAGAACAUUCUGACUGAGGACUCGUACAUUGUGCGAAAGCUUCGGAAGCCCUGCGCCAAAGCCUCGGCGAAAUUGAGAUACUUGAAUGAGUUUUUGCCAGAGGAUCGCGAUCCUGCUCACGCUUGGCCGGUGAUCUUUUUCGUUUCUAUUCUUGCACUUACAGCUAUGAAUUUCAGUACCGAACAUGAUAGCUUGGUUCGGUCAGUGAAGAAAGUGCAAAUACAUCCUCCUAGUGCUAGUCAUGUAUUGCUUCCAGAUGGGAGACGAUUGGCUUAUCAUGAACAAGGUGUCCCAGCUGAGCGCACUCGAUUUUUAUUGAUUGCUCCACAUUCUUUCCUUUCAUCCCGACUUGCAGGUAUUCCAGGAAUUAAGAUAUCAUUGCUUGAAGAGUUUGGUAUCCGCUUGGUCACAUAUGAUCUUCCUGGUUUUGGGGAGAGUGACCCUCAUCCAGGCAGGGAUCUUAACUCAUCAGCAUUGGAUAUUCUGUACUUGGUCAAUGGUGUUGGUUUUGAUGACAAGUUCUGGGUGCUGGGCCACUCAAGUGGAGCAAUGCAUGCUUGGGCUUCUCUCAGAUACAUUCCUGACAGAGUUGCAGGUGCAGCCAUGGUGGCCCCAAUAAUCAAUCCCUAUGAGCCGGGCAUGACUAAGGAAGAGAGGAAGAAAAUUUGGGAACCAUGGGUUCUAAGAAGGAAAGUGAUGUAUUUUUUAGCUCGUAGAUUUCCAAAAUUUCUCUCAUCUUUUUAUCGCCGAAGCUUUCUAUCAGGAAAACAUGACAGGAUUGAUAGGUGGUUGUCUCUUUCACUGGGGAAGAAGGAUGAAAUUCUAAUUGAAGAUCCAAAAAUUGAAGGGUAUCUGCAAAGGGAUGUCGAGGAGUCAAUCCGCCAAGGGAGUAUCAAACCCUUCAUAGAGGAGGCUGUGCUACAAGUCUCAGAGUGGGGUUUUAGUUUGGCAGAUCUUCAAGUGCAGAAACAGUGUCAACAAAGAGGCUUUCUUCGUUUAUUCAGGUCUAUGUACGGUGAGGCAGAAUGCGUGCUGACUGGAUUUCUAGGCCAGAUACACAUAUGGCAGGGAAUGGGUGAUAUGAUAGUCCCACCAACGGUGACCGACUAUAUAGCACGGGUUUUACCUGGAGCUUAUGUGCACAAGCUCCCAAAUGAAGGCCACUUCUCCUACUUGUAUUUCUGUGUUGAAUGCCACAGACAGAUUUUUACUACACUUUUUGGAAGCCCUCAAGGUCCAGUAGAAAAAAAAGUCGCUACAGAUACAACUCCAUCGGAAGGCAAUUCAGAAGAGAUAUGAUAUCAACAAAUGCUUGAUUCUCUCACGGCCGUUUAUGAUAUAUUGGUUCUUUUGACUUGGAAUUCUGAUGUAAAUACCAUAGAAUUACUGCAGGUUACUCCUCUGCUCAGGGGAGAACGAAAUAGAGCUCAAAUAGUUUUGGGGGCUGAGCAUGAAAUAGAGUUUGGAAAGUUUUGGAGGAUUUUCGCUUUGGACGAUAAGAUGAUGAGAAGCAACGGUGCGACAAAUGUGUAUGGUUUUUUCGUUCUCUUCUAGGGUGGCACGGUUUUUCUCACCAGCCAUCAUUCACGAGUGACCUAUGUUUAAUGCUCAGCCUAGGCAACAGCAAAUAUCAAAUCAAAGUUGAUUCUACCGUUGAGACUUGUUUUCCCUUUUUUGGGUUGAUGACUACUAUGAUCAGCCGGAUCAGCUAACUGUUAAACUUUUAAGGCCACGAAAAGGAAAAACAAAACCAAGUUUCAAAUUCAGUGGUGUUCGCUAGACAUAUUCCAUGAAUGUCGUAUUUCAUUUCUUCGACAAAAAUAAAAAGUAAAGCUUUCAGCUUUCCUUUGGAU